AAGUGCUACAAAAAAUUGAGAAAAUGUUUGGGGCACACAAGUCUCAAGCCGGGAUUUAUAAGCACAUACCGUAGAUUGGUGGUGCAGUGCGUCCGCUAGCCAUGUAGUCAGCGAACAAAGUGUCGCAGUGUACAUACAUACUUACAUACAACCUGUAGUUUGGGUCUGGUUAUCAUAACAAGGCCUCAGAGAUAGUGGAUAGUGAAUAGAUUGCCGCAAGAUGAAGAUCUUUCGGUUCCGUUUGGUCAAAGUGCUGCUCCUGGCCUUCCUUAUCGUCAAUCUGGUGUUCUUCUACUACACCUGGAACACGCUGCUCUGGCGUCGAAUUAGCAAGGCACUGGCCAGCAGUAGCAGCGAACCCAAGGCCGGACCGCAGGUGGGCAAGCUAUCGGCCAAGGACAAGGCGCGCAAUGCCAACAAACACAUCCGGAAGUCCAUUACGAUUGUGUUCUACGGUCACUAUAACUUUGAGCACGAUCUGAAGGCGACAAUAGACAGCAUAUUGGAUGUGAUACCGAACAUGCCGAUUCUGGUGCUGCAGGAGGGUGCUGCGGAAUACGCCUACCCGCCGAUUAAAUACGAACGUAAUUUAACCAGCGGAGAGGAGCAUACAGUGCGCUUUAUGAGUCUCGCUUUCGAUGUGCAAAAGACACAUGACCAGUUGGAUCCACUCCGUGAGAUACAUACAAAGUACGUGCUCUUCAUGCCCGAUAGCGUGCGGCUGAGCAGCAAGAAUCUGUUGCAGAAAAUCUUGCGGGAAAUUAACACGGUUGGGGGCAACAUUGGCAAGUCGUCCCAGCAACACCGUGUGACCAUCGCACCGGAGCAGACGGUGCGACGCCUGCUCAUCGUACCAUUUGUUGGUAAUCUAAAGUCCUUCAGCGGCUGCACGCAAAUCAAAAUGGAUCUGCCCCACUGGACGAUGGAGUACGUGGCCACCAAUAAUAGUGCACAUUGUGACUUGUUUGUGCAAAAGCACGCCAUAUUAUUGGACGUGGAGGUGCUCCGAUCCAUGCCGGAACCAUUCACGCUGCCCUUCCCCGAGAUGCUAUACAUUCAGGCGAAAAUUGCAAACCUGGCGACGACCGUAUUUCCCCAAUACUUCCAGGAAGGUCGUCGACUAUUCUCUUCAUUUCAUACCAAGCAGCGACGUAUGGAGCUGCGGCGUCGACAGUUCAGAGACAUGUACAGGAAGCUACAGAUCAAGCGAAUUGUGCGCCGCACCCACAAAGUGAACACCAAGGCCAGCACAAACAGCAACAAUGCCAACUGGCAGCCCCAUAGUCUGGUACUGGACUCACAGUUCUCCUCGUCGAAUUUCUCGCUGCCACAAGUCACGGAAAUAGAUUUGUUCGGAUGCGAGCGCACCACCAAGUCAUGUAUAGGAACAGUGUACAACAAUCGACCCUUCUACUACUAUUUGGGGAAGCACACGCCGCCCUGUUGUCUGGAUAAGCUGAAGACCACAUUCAAUCACGUGCUCGAGGAAUUUGAGAACGUUGGCAUACGCUACUGGCUAGACAAUUACUCCCUGAAGAGCGCCAUUGAGACGAAUCAGCUAUCCCCAGAUGCCUAUGACAUCGACAUUAGCUUCAAUGUGCAGGAUCUGGAACGAUCGAAUGCAAUGAAGAAAUCGCAGAGCAAACCCUUUGUGGACAAUGAGGGUUUCUAUUGGAUCAAAGCCACCGAUGGACACUACUUUCGGGUCCAGUUCUCCAAGCUCAACCAGGUGGGCGUCAAUCUACUUCCGUACGAGAUCACGGGCAACGAAGUACGAGCUAAUGGCUUCUUUGGCUGGAAGGCAAGCAGCUUUUCAGCCGACUACCUGCAUCCCAUGUCGACAGUUUUGUUUCUUGGGAAGAGCGUUAUGUGCCCAAAUAAUGUGCUUGAGUAUCUUGAGUCCAAAGAUAUUAAAGUCAAAUCCGAAGAUAUGGCCAUAGAGGAUGAAUAAGUAACCGUAACCGUAAUUAGUUUCACAUUUUUGUUGAAUAUUUAGCAUACAUCUACCAUUAGAAACUUUAUAUUUCUAAAAGUCUGAACUAUUUGUUGAUUUAUUUAUAAUGAAAAGAAUUCGUUCCUUCAUUUGUUUGCCAGUCUAAGUUAAUAGCUGAUUUGUAUAGAUCUAUUUCUA